UCCAGCAGGAGGCGCUAAACACUGGGAAAACGUAUCCCGGACCAGCGCAUGUGGAUUGAUUCGUAGAAGAAGCAAACGCGCAGACAGAGGAAACUUCACAAGCAAGUCCUGUAACACACGAGACCUACAGCGCCCUGACUCGAUGUCUUGAAGUCCCAGCCCAAGACGCAUUACGUUAAAGUAUACACCAAUGGAGUAUGAGAUAAAUGCCAUUUUCCACCAUGUUGAUGCCAGUCACAAACAAGCCUGUAGUGACCUUGAGAAGGCCAGCCAAUUCAUCACAGAAGCAUUGAAGAGUGAGGUCCAGAGGAACACAACUCUGUGCAGGUUAAUCCAUCGUCUGGAAGAAAGGGCAGCUGAGAAUGGAAGGAGCCAAUCAGAGCAGGUGGAGUCAAACCGGCAGCUGAAGCUCCAGGUGGAUGAACUACAGAAAAAACUGGAGGAGAAAGACGACUCUUUAACACAAGCCGAGCAGAGUAUUGCAAUCCUGACGAAUAAACUGACGGACCUGCAACAGCAGCUGCAGAGCCACCAGAGUAGUUGCAGGACGAUUCAGGAAGUGACUGAUGGACUGCAGGAAGGAGAGAGCCAGGCCGAUGUGGUGAAAGAGGAGGACGGUCCACUGCAGAAUGUAGACAUCUGCAUCAAAGAGGAACAAGAUGACGCUGCUGUUGCUCAUGGAUACCAGUGUACUCAAUCUGAUGAAACUGACUCUGCCCCAGAACAGAUCACCGCCUCAUCUGCAGACAUUAAAGCUGAACCAGUACAGGAAGAAGAUGAAAAAUCAGACGUGGCUCCAGUCGUCAGUUCAGACACAGCUCCAGUCGUCAGUUCAGACGUGGCUCCAGUGGUCAGCUCAGACCUGGCUCCAGUCGUCAGCUCAGACGUGGCUCCAGUCGUCAGUUCUGCUAUGAGCCAGUUCCCUCCAGAUCCACUGUCCUUGGUGAAGUACAGGAGGUUAUCAGUGCAAGUGGUCGAUUGCUGUGCAACACAAGGUCUCCAAAAAAAUAAAGACCACAAGAAUAACACGGAUGGAGAAAACCCCAAAACUGGAACAGAAGGAGAAUUCCAGCCUGCCUUGUCAUCUGCCCUCCCAGAGACUACAUUGGAGAAGCAUCUCUGUUCUGGUGUUGACAAGAGCUUCAGUAACCUGAAAACUCUAAAAGCACACCAGCAAAUCCAUCAAGGGAAACCACCUCAUUUUUCUGUCAUCGCAAAACCUUCUGCUACAAAGAGGAGUUUGAAGAAGCGCCAGCGCAUUGAAGAUGGAGGCGACCCCAAUCAGUGCAGACAGUGUGGGAAAGGUUUUAGUACAUCAACACAACUUAAACGACAUCAGCUUACACAUACAGCAGAGAAACCCCAUCAAUGCAAACAGUGUGGGAAAUGUUUUUCACGGGCAGAUACUCUCAAACUGCACCAGCUCAUUCACACCGGACAGAAGCCAUACAGCUGUGAACAGUGUGGUAAAUGUUUUACACAGGCAGGGAGCCUCGGACUACACCAACUUACACACAACGGACAGAAAGCCCAUCAAUGUGAACAGUGUGGUAAAUGUUUUACCCAGGUGUGGAAUCUCAAAGUACACCAGCUCAUUCACACAGGAGAGAGGCCAUACAGCUGUGGACAGUGUGGUAAAUGUUUUACAGAAUCAGGGAGUCUCAAAGCACACCAGCUCAUUCACACUGGACAGAAAGCCCAUCCAUGUGGACAGUGCGGGAAAAGGUUUACACACGCGGGGCACCUCAAAGCACACCAGCUCACUCACACAGGAGAGAAACCAUACAGCUGUGAACAGUGUGGUAAAUGUUUCACGCAGACAGGGAAUCUCAAAGCACACCAGCUUAUUCACUCUGGAAAGAAGCCAUACAGCUGUGGUCAGUGUGGUAAAUGUUUUACAGGAUCAUGGAAUCUCAAAGCACACCAGCUCAUUCACACUGGACAGAAAGCUCAUCUCUGCAAACACUGUGAGAGAAGUUUUCAGCGCCCAGAAGCACUUAGACGACACCAGCUUACACAUACAUGAGAGAAACCCUACCACUGCACAUACAUGAGUGAAACCCUACCACUGCACAUACAUGAGAGAAACCCCCCCCCGUCAGUGCAAACAGCAUACGAGCUCUGCUCCCAGACUCACUCCAACGGCAACAUCUUAAGUAUACAAGACCGUAAGCCCAUCGAUGUGAACAAUAGCAAUAGCUCCCUUCGUUCCUGUUCUUGGAGUCUUGUUUCCAAUUUUGUAGCAAUGUUCAGCCAUGAAUACCUUCUGUCAUAACAUGAUUAACGCACCUACGCCCUGUUCAAGUUUUUGCACACGACUAAGAGUUUAAGAUCUUUUUUAGAUGCGUCCCUAUAACAGGGUCUGUCUGUCCGUCCGUCCGUCCGUCUGAAACGCUUUCAUUAAA